UGGCAGGGUUAUGGAGCAGAUCAUCCUGAAUGGAAUCACACAGCACCUUCAGGAUGGACAAGGGAUCAGACCCAGCCAGCAUGGGUUUAGGAGGGGCAGGUCCUGUCUGACCAACCUGAUCUCCUUUGAUGAUCAGGUGACUCACCUGGUGGAUGAGGGGAAAGCCGUGGAUGUCGUCUGUCUGGACUUCAGCAAGGCCUUUGACACUGUCUCCCAUAAUAUACUCUUGCAAAAGCUGGUAGCCCAUGGCUUGGACAAGUGUACUCUACGCUGGGUUAAGAACUGGCUGGAGGGCCGGGCCCAGAGAGUGCUGGUGAAUGGGGCUGCAUCUAGCUGGCGGCCAGUCACUAGUGGUGUUCCCCAGGGGUCAGUGUUGGGUCCAGUCCUGUUUAACAUGUUUUUGGCGAUUUAGAUGAGGGAAUUGAGACCAUCAUCAGCAAAUUUGCUGAUGACACCAAGUUGGGAGGGAGUGUCGACCUGCUGGAAGGCAGGAGGGCUCUGCAAAGGGAUCUGGAUAGACUGGAAAAAUGUGCUGAUUCCGAUGGGAUGAAGUUCAACAAGACCAAGUGCUGGGUGCUGCACUUUGGUCACAACAACCCCCUGCAGCGCUACAGGCUGGGCGCAGAGUGGCUGGAGAGCAGUCAGACAGAAAGGGACCUGGGGGUACUAAUUGACAGGAAGCUCAACAUGAGCCAACAGUGUGCCCAGGUUGCCAAGAAGGCCAAUGGUAUCCUGUCCUGUAUCAAAAAUAGCGUGGUCGGCAGGGCAAGGGAAGUGAUCCUUUCCCUGUACUCUGCAUUGGUGAGGCCACACCUGGAGUAUUGUGUUCAGUUCUGGGCCCCUCAGUUCAGGAAAGACAUUGAAGUGCUGGAGCGGGUCCAGAGAAGAGCAACACGACUGGUGAAGGGACUUGAACAUAAGACCUAUGGGGAGAGGCUGAGGGAGCUGGGGUUGUUUAGUCUGGAGAAGAGGAGGCUUAGAGGUGACCUCAUCACUCUCUAUACCUACCUGAAGGGAAGUUAUAGCUGGGUGUGGAUUGGUCUCUUCUCCCAGGCAGUCAGCAAUAGGACAAGGGGGCAUGGGCUUAAACUCUGCCAGGGGGAAUUUAGGCUGGAUAUUAGAAAGAAAUUCUUUACAGAGAGAGUGAUCAGGCAUUGGAAUGGCCUGCUCAGGGAGGUGGUGGACUCACUGUCCCUGGAGGUUUUUAAACUGAGAUUGGACAUGGCACUUAGUGCCAUGAUCUAGUAAAUGGACUGAAGUUGGGCCAAGGGUUGGACUUGAUGAUCUCUGAGGUCUUUUCCAACCCAGUCGAUUCUGUGAUUCUCCCCUUGACUGGCCUUUUUCUGUACCUCGUUCCCUGGAGUGCUGGAGAAUGCCACCCUGUUAACAGGUUACUAUGGUAUGUUUUACUUUCAUGUUCUCCCUUGAAUCCAUACAUCCUAGUUCUCCACCUUACUUCUUAGUUCUAUUUCAUCUGUUUGGGUUUUGUUUUUUUUUGGGGGGGGGUCCCAUUUAAGUAUCACAUACCCCUGAAACUGCUCUUUGAGGGUGAGGUGGAGUUUUUUCUAGAAUUCUGCCCGUUUUUCCCUACCCUAUUUCAGAACUUACAGAACUUGGGAUUUCAUCCAGGCUAUCAUUCUUGGCCUUUAUACCAUUGAAAGCCACACGGAUCACACUUGUCAGCUUCUCCCUGGGAUGGUAUGAAAUGGCUGUUGUGGAUUAGACCGCCUGGCAUGUUGCCUGUGGCCAUGGCCGAUGCUGAAUGCCAUGGGAGAAGCCAGAGGUUGGAGCUGGUGGGUAGUGGGUGGGUAGUGCCCUUGUCCUGGAGUGCUCUCUGAGUGGUCAGUCGCUUUCAAUUUAGUGAUUUUUUUGAUCAGAGAUUUUCAUCAUCGUAUUCGGUUGUUUGCUGCUGGCAAUUUUUAUGUUUGUCUUUUUUUUUUCCAAAUUUUUAAUUUUUUUUUUUUUUUUUUUUUUUUUUUUUCUGUGAAUUUUUCCGGUUCUUUGGAAUUAGUGUAAAUGCUAUCCUCCACUGCAUCUUGCAGCAGGAUGUUGCUCAACUCCUCUGUGCUUUGCAUUUAUUUCACACAUGCCACUUGCUACAGUUGCCUACUGCUGGAAAAAGCAGUGAACAAUCAUUUCUUGUUCACCUUUCCUGUGCAGAACUUGGUUGUGUUGACCUCAGUCACACUGCACCUCAACUUGUGGUUCUUCCUAAGAAUCUGCCUCCCAGCACCUGGAAUGCCCCUCUUGCACCUGACUGGCAGGUCGCUGUGCUCUUCUUUGAUCUCCAAGAUUCAGCUGUCUGCCUGCCAGGUUGCCUCUGCAGCCUUCCUUGUCCUCUGCCACACAGGUGGGUAUUCCUGGUGUGAGAGGAUGGCAUACAACCAUCCACUGAGGAGGUUUUACCAGCAGGAUCGUUGCUAGUCACCCUAAGACAUAUUGCCACCAGAUGUCUUCCCCUCCUUGGUGGGAGCAUAGUCAGAAGGUAGGAAUCUAUCUGAAGUUCUUCACUUCCUCCUUUCCAAACCCCGACUUGUGCACUUCAUCCAUCCCUAACAUAGAAAAGCAAUAUGUUGCUUCUGAGGACAGUGAGGUCCAUGUAUAUCUGUUCAGAGAUAGAUAGCUGUAUAUGCAGCAUUUAAAGCAGACUAUGGCUCUCUUAUCUUUCUGCUGCAUUGCUGCCCACUUCCUAGCUUCCAGCCUUUGUAGAGGUAGUGGAGAGUGUUCAGUAGGUAGUUCUGUUGUUUCCCUCUUCUUUUAGCAUAACUUUUUUUUUAUCUCACUUCUACAGUUAGGGACUCGGAACUUCAUAGUCUUCUUGAUGUAUCUAGUUAAAUUCUUAAAUGUGUUCUGCUCACUGAAACACGGGGAUAGUGUAGCUGUCUUAUACUUCUACCUUCAUAUAGGCAUCAGUGCAGUGCUCCUUUUGAUUGGACACUCCGUUAAAUUGUGCGUUUUGUUUUCCCUCAUUUCAUGAAGAGAAAGUUGCUUGUUGCUUGCUUGCUGAAGUACCCCAAUCAGAGAACAGAAGUCACCUUUGUGGUGACAUUGUGUUAGGAGACUUAGAGCUUUGUGGUGUGAUUACAUCUUUAAUUACUUAAACAGAACUAACUGUUUUCUUUAAAUUUUGCUUUCCUUGAAAAAACAAGUUGGCCUCAGACAAAGUUACUCCACUGCUUUUAAGGAGAAGUGGCUGAAUCCCGUGAUCUCAUGGAAGGCUGAAGGCUCCCUGCUGUGGAGAUGAACAUGGAGUGUGGCUUGAUUGAAGAUGAGAUGGAUCUGAGAUAAAUGGCUCAUUUAAAUUGGGAGCUACUAAAAUACCCUCUGGCUGGCAAAUGCAGUGCCUAGCAGCAGUCAUCAAGGACGAAACAAACAUGAGUGGAGGAGGGGAACAGGUCGACAUUCUUCCGGCCAAUUAUGUGGUCAAAGAUCGCUGGAAAGUGUUGAAGAAGAUUGGUGGUGGUGGCUUUGGGGAGAUCUAUGAGGCGAUGGAUCUGCUGACCCGGGAGAAUGUGGCCUUGAAGGUGGAAUCAGCCCAGCAGCCCAAGCAAGUUCUCAAGAUGGAAGUGGCUGUCCUGAAAAAGCUGCAAGGGAAGGAUCAUGUUUGCAGAUUUAUUGGCUGUGGAAGGAAUGAAAAAUUUAAUUAUGUGGUCAUGCAGCUUCAGGGCCGAAAUCUUGCAGAUCUCAGAAGGAGUCAGCCUCGAGGGACUUUCACGCUGAGCACAACGCUGCGAUUAGGCAAACAGAUUCUGGAAUCAAUAGAAGCCAUUCACUCUGUGGGAUUCCUGCAUCGUGACAUCAAACCUUCCAAUUUUGCCAUGGGCCGCUUACCUUCAACAUACAGGAAGUGUUACAUGUUAGACUUUGGUCUGGCCCGUCAGUAUACCAACACUACUGGUGAAGUUCGGCCACCUCGCAAUGUUGCUGGUUUUCGAGGAACGGUCCGCUACGCUUCAGUGAAUGCACACAAAAACCGAGAAAUGGGUAGACAUGAUGAUCUGUGGUCCCUCUUUUACAUGUUGGUGGAGUUUGCGGUGGGACAGCUUCCAUGGCGAAAGAUCAAAGAUAAGGAGCAGGUUGGCAUGAUAAAAGAAAAGUAUGAACACCGAAUGCUGCUAAAACACAUGCCUUCAGAGUUCCACCUUUUUCUGGAUCAUAUUGCAAGCCUAGACUACUUCACCAAGCCAGACUAUCAGCUCAUCAUGUCCGUUUUCGAGAACAGCAUGAAAGAAAGAGGUAUCACGGAAAAUGAAGCCUUUGACUGGGAGAAGGCUGGUACAGAUAUCUUGUUGUCCACUAGCACCUCUACUCCACCACAGCAAAACACCAGGCAAACAGCAGCCAUGUUUGGGGUGGUUAAUGUUACUCCGGUACCUGGGGACUUGCUUCGUGAGAACACUGAAGAUGUCCUACAGGGUGAACAUCUGAGUGAUCAAGAGAAUGCUCCUCCCAUCCUGUCAGGCCGGCCAGCGGAAGGUCUUGUUCAGCCUCCAAACACUGCUUUCAAUGAGGCUGAAGUUUGGGAAGAGACAGACGUGAAUCGCAACAAACUCAGGAUCAGCAUCAGCAAAACUCAGUGCAUGGUGGAAGAGGAGCAGAGAAAUGGUGUCUGCCCCAGUUCCCCUGUCCGAGUGCCUCCAGAGUCCCCAACUGCACAAGUGCGCUCCCUAAGAUACCGCCGUGUGAACAGCCCUGAAUCAGAACGCCUCUCCAUUGCUGAUGGCAAAGCAGAUCUACACGAAAGAAGAUCUCGAAUGGAUUUACCUGGCUCUCCAUCACGGCUCGUAUGCUCCUCCCAGCCAGCCCAGAUGCUGUCCAUUGAUACUGGCCAGGCUGAUCGGCAGGCAAGUGGUAGGAUGGAUGUGUCUGCUUCGGUGGAACAUGAAGCCCUCAGCAAUGCCUUCCGCUCAGUACCACUUGCAGAGGAGGAGGACUUUGAUAGCAAGGAAUGGGUUAUCAUUGAUAAGGAGACAGAGCUGAAGGACUUUCACCCAGGUGCUGAGCCGAGCACCUCUGGAACAACAGAUGAGGAGCCUGAGGAACUGAGACCUGUUGAAGAUGGUGAGGAGAGAAAGCGCUUAGGAGCAGAUGCUGCAGUCAGGCCAAAGACGCAUGAUGGACGAGGUCGGGGUAUGCAGCCUGUGACUGAGGAGGACAGUUCCCACAGACAUGAAGGACCUUCUCAAACAGUAUCUGACAGUAAACAUGAACAGCAGAUGGGAAGUCCAGCCCACUCUCCCCUGCAUUCAGCACCAGCUUUCCGACAAAGGAGACGAGAAUCUGAACCUACUGGUCCUCAGAGACAGUUGGAGGAGGACAGGCCUUCUCAGCACUCCCUCCCGAGGUACAGCCCCCUGAGAAGACUGGCGUCCUCCGUUUUCUCCUCCUCAACUCUGGAGACAGAACACUACCCUCACGUUGGUGGCACUUUCAUACAGCGCAGCCGUUCGGCGGAGAGCAGCCCCGUGCGCAUGCCCCACCGCAGGCACAUGCCCCUCACGGCAGGAAACCACAGACUCAUGCCUUCCGUCCUUCGCAUUUCCAGGUCCCAGCUCCAGCAGGCAUAUAUGCUGAAGUCAUUUGAAAUGAAUGGUCUGCCCAAGGCAGUGCCUUUAAGUUUGCCUUAUCAAGACUUCAGAAAAGAUAUGUCGGACUACUGGGAAAAGCCUAAGGUAACCCAGCGGAUAAAGAAAGUUGAUUUCUCAAAUGUUGUUUUGACUGCCCCUUGCAAACCUCUGGAACCUUAUCUGGAAAUAAAUGGAAAAGAGGAGGAGGAGGAAGAAGACGAGGAGGAGGAAGAGGAGGAAGGGGAUGAGAUUGAUAUGCACAAUGGUUCCAGCAGUGACCUGAGUCAAAAAAGCACAGAGCGCAGCCAGGAGUGUGCACCCUCCACACUCCUGGCUGAUGACCAGAAGGGAUCCAAGGGUCGCGCUUCCACUGCUGAUGGGGACCUGGAGCUGGAGGAAGGCUCAAAAACACUAGUGCUAUUUUCGCCAGGUGAUCUGAAAAAGUCUCCAGUGACCACAGACUUGGCUCCAGAAGUUGAUCUGGGCACUCUUGCUGCACUGACUCCUCAGAGUGAGCGGCCACAGCCUAUGGGUAGCCAACUGGAUGUAUCUGAGCCAGGGACCCUCUCUUCAGUCCUUAAAUCUGAACCAAAGCCUCCCGUGACAGUGGCUACAGCUUCCUCCCCCUUUACCAAAGUUGAGCGCACCUUUGUUCAUAUUGCUGAAAAGACCCACUUAAAUGUCAUGUCUUCCAGUGGUGAACUGAUGAGGCAUGAGGAGUACUGCCCUCCGGGCCAGUUUGAGGAGGUCAUUAUUGAAGAAGAGCUGGAGGACAACCUGGUGCAGAUAGAGAAUGAAAGCAUACAUUCAGGACUGGAAGGGGCACAGACGGAGAGCUCUGUGCUUUCGGCUAAUCACAUUGAAACCACCUCAGAAACAGCAGGGGAGCAGCUGACCCUUCCCAGUGGUGAAGCAAAGCCUCUCAAGGACAAGCCAGAGCUCUUUGACAAAGUGUCACUCUUGCUGGAUUUGGAUGAGCCUGGUAAGGUGGUGACAAGGGAUACUGACCUUGAGAAGUCAGCACUGGUGGCAGAACACCUGAAACGAGCAGAGACCCUCUUCAACACACAGCAUAAAGGCCCCAGAAGGCCUCUUGGUUCCAGAUAUAGAAGUCGAAUACCCAUUUUGUUCUCUGAGGAGGACACUGGCUCAGACCUUUCAACAUCACUUUCAGCCAAAGAGAGGCUUUAUAAGAGGGCAAAGCAACCUGACUUGGCUCGCCUCGUGAUGGAGAAGAGGCAAAACCACCUUCUUCGGCUGGCCUCAGGGGCCUCCUCCUCAGCAUCCUCCAGCGAUGAGAGGCAGCGGGCUUCAGAAACCCUCUCAGCCACUGGUUCUGAGGAGGACACACAUGACUCUGAUGACUCAGUCCCAAGGAAGGCUGGGAAAGAGAAGGCUGCCCCCCUGGGGAAAGAAGAAAGACGCAUAAGCACAAAGAGCAGAAUUCCUCGGCCCAUCACACCAGUGAAAACAUCGCUAGAGGCAGCAAAGUCUGAGAGCUCCAUGGCUGUUGCAAUGGCCAUGCUAUGUAUCUCCCCACAGGAUGCAGCUGUUGCCUACAGGCUUCAGGCACAGAGACCAGCUGGAAGUGUCCCAAACGAGCAGCGAACAACACAGACACAAAGUCGGCUUCCUCCUUCGCUGAGCUCCACUUCUCUUCCUCCACGGAGCAGCUCAUGGAGGUCCAGCUGUGGAUCUCCCCUCAGAGCCCCUCAGAGCCCUGUCCUUCCUUCAAGAAACCCCAGUGCUUCUCCCAGAAGCCUGCUGCCACCUUGGAGGGAAAACCCUUCUCCCUGCCAAAAGCAUAAGCCAGGGACUGCUCUCCAGCGAGUUGCUCCUUCCCCCCAGCGUGCAGCUCAGGCCCUGGGGCUGACAGGGGAUUCCCUGGCCUCUCCUGGUGUGGCCAAAAAACGACAAAGAGCAAAAACCCAGACUCAGAGUCCAGCAACCAAAGGAAAGCAAGUGUCCCUGGAGAGUAAGGCAACUGCCAGAUAAUGGUCUUCUUCUGCCAGCCCAACAGACUGGGUAACUUCAGCAUAUAGUAUACAGUUGAGAUGCUGCAGCACAGCCUUCCAUGCUGGACCCACGAGUGUAUAGCAGUAGCUGUACUUCAAUGCUUCGCACACUCUCACCCCACACAGUUGUGAUCAGCUCCCAAGGGUCUGAGAGCCUCUGAGCCACAGAACCUUCUUCAAGGGAGACAUCCAGCCUGCAGCUCACGCUUGCUAAUGCACAGCACCAAGCAGCAACCCAGGCAGCCUGCCUGGUGCCUAAGUCCCCUCCCUCCCCAGGCAUUCCCCUCUCUCUAGCAAUACCAGUCACCAACACCAACCCUGGCUUUGGAAAGAGGAGCAGAGAUGAUGAGAGGAAGGUCUGCUGGACAGGAAGGCUCCUGUUCUGCAGGCAGAUCCCUCCUCUCUUGUGUCUGGGAAAAUGCUAGCCUUGGCCGCCACCAUCUACCUGAGUGCAAAGGAUUGUCACCAGCUUAGCCAAGAAGGAUGAAUGCAUCCUUGUGUGCUGAGAUAAGAGCAGGGGCAGGCUGGAGCAGGGGGUCUUCUUUCCAGGGAUGCCUCUGCAGGUGAGAAUAGGAGACAGGCAGGUCUUGCUACCUGCUCCAGUAUGUCCCACAGAGGAGGCCAUUUGGCAUUUCUGCUCAGCAACACGGCUGCUCUUUCAGUAGAUUCCUCUGUGGUGAAUAGUUAGACGGAAGUAGGGCUGUAUGGGCAGCUUGCUGGGAAAUCAAGAGUGCUUGCUAAUUGAUGUAGAAGGGAGCACACUGCAGCUGCUUCUGUCUCCAAUACCAAACUGUGAUCUGUGGAGACCACACCUCCCAACAUGAGUGGUUCCUCUCGACCCAAGUGUGUUUGGUGCCAUAGGACUAUAGUCCACCAAACACAGCUCCAUGCUGAAGAUGCGAGUAGUCACUGGAUGCCUUUGGCUUAGGUGCCCCUUGCACCUAAAUUCCUUGUGCUAUUAUUGUCAUGAUCUUGGUGUUUGUGAAUUUUGGCACUGUGGUUUCAGCCACAGCUGGACAGCUACAGGGCAGGGUGGGAAAUUAUCCUGUAGCACAGUCAAAAGCUGCUGCUUUCUGAGGAGGUUUGCUAGCAUGCCAUGGGAACCUUGUGCAUUUCUGUCUAAGAGUACAGUGAGUUGAGUUGUGGAGGUCACGUUUAUGUGUUUCCCAGUGCUCAGCUCUUCCACACAACAAUGGAAAUGUAAAAGCAAGGGCUGUAUUCUUCAAGUAAUAUUAUCAGAGCAGAAGCUUAGUGUUCCGCUAGAAAUAAAUUAACCAAGGUUUUAGCCCCCAGACUAAUUAGGAAUGUUUGAAAAUGAAAACCAGGGUGACUAAUACCUGUCUGAGCUUGGUGAGAUCUUGUAGCCACAAAAUUUUCUCUAUGUCUCGCAGGGGUAAACACUCCAGACCCAAAUACUUUGGAUUCCACACCACUGACUUGCCUAAAAGAGGUUUUGCUUGAGGCAGAACAAAAAUACGACUGCUCUGUACACCCAUCCCCACAGCUGCAUAUUUACUCUUUGCAGACCACAAAGCUUGAUAGAGGUGUCUGGACAAUAAUAACCUUGAUUAAUUUGAACAUAUAUACAAACAGUCACACUGAUGGCCAUUGAAUCUGAGGAAUCCUGAAGUUUUUUACAUCUACAGGAACUGUUCUGGAAAGGUGCAUGAGAGCUGUGAUGGGGUGGCUGUGAGAACAGGGUACUCUGUGGACAUCUGAACAGAUUCCAGAAAGCCAGUGAAUUAUUUCCAGCACAGAAAACAUCAUCUAUUCCUAGUGCUGUUUGACAGGGCUGUGCUAAUGAUGCAGCUGGGUCCACAGAGAUCUGGGCCUGGCAUGAGUUGUCUCUCCUUGUGGUUGUGCUACCAGCCUCAUUGAUCCAGCACAGUCCUGCAUCCCUGCUCUCCCUGGCACAGAGGGGAGCAGGAGAGUGUGUCAAAAGCAGCAUGCUCCCUCAGUUAUUUCUGAUGAGAAAGAGAUGGAAGUGAAAGCUGACUGACUGCAGCAAUGAUUCCUCCCCAGACAGCCUGUGCAGGAGGUGCCAGGUGCUGUUACUACUGAAAGGCUCCUAAGGGUAAUUCUUGCAGAGCCUGACUGCAGAGCCUGUCCCACAGGCUUGGGUGUCCAGAGCUGCUCUCCUUCCCAGUAGCAAGUGAUGCUGUGAUCCUGGUUGGGUGUCACAUUGCCUCUUUUAUUCCUUCACAGAUGUUAUUUUUACAGGAGUUUCAGUGCUGGGCUCUUCCAGUCAAGUGGAUUUCAAGAAUUUGGUAACAAGAGGUGUCCCACACAGCUGCAUUAUUCUGGCAGACGUGGUCACAGGGAUGCUUGCAAGCCCCCUGUUAACAGCCCUGUUAGCGUGCUGCAGCAAGUGGUGCCUGGAUCCUUAUUUCAGGUGUCAGCAGAGGGACACAGGAAAGCCCCUGCCAUGUGGGUGCUGCUCUGGAUCUCCUCCCUGGCUCUGAUUUUCAAGGUUCUGCCCUUAGUUGCUCAGUGGUGAGUGUGAACCCAUGGUACACCUGACAUCAGGGUGCACAGCACACCCUGCUUGCAGAAGUUCCCAUUCCUCUUGCGUGUCUCUCUGGAGGGAUUUUCUGGCAAGCAUGUGGACCAGCAGUGAUGCUCUCUGUUAACAUAACUGUUUAAACUGGCCUGCAUAAGGGUCAACAACUCCUCCAGGUCCUCUCUUCUUCUUACCCCACCUUGCAGGGAGGCUAGAAGGACACCUGCCCUAGGUGGAGAAAACAUGGGAGACCAUUUUUAGGGACAGCAGGGAACAAGGCCUGUGAUGUUAGGGUUAAGUGGUUGAGGUAUGCCAGACAAUUCAGAAUGGCAUUACAGGACGUGGUGGGCUGUCACAUCACAGAAAUGCAGGAGAUGCAAAACCCUGCUGUUCCCUGCCCAUGAAACAUAGUGUGCAAGCUCCGUCAAGCCUUGAGGAAACACAAGGCUGCUCAAACAUUGCUGUUGGUGUCUAGCUGCAUCCUUGCUUCACUGCAAAGAAGAGAAGAUCAAAGAGAAGACUGAGCUGACCAAAGCAGACAAAAUGGCUAGGAAGAAUAAAGGAAACUGGGGUAAGAGGAGGAGAAGCAGACUUCUCAGCACUUUUGCAUGUUUGCAGGAAUUUCUGUGAAGAGCCUGACGCUAUGUGUGUUCCCCAUGAGUGUGUUUGCUGCAGAAUCUGUCAUGGCCAACCACAGAUGCUUGUGCUCAUGUGCGUUUCGAGGUGACCCCUGAGACAGGCUGCCACCGUGCCUGCAUCUGUGCAUACAUGUACAUGAGUGGUAGGAACAGAGAGGAGGAGCACUUCAGGGUCGUGUGUUGGGAGCAGAAGUGUCUUUGGGACUGUCAGGUAUCAUGAGAUACUGCAAAUGCUCUGUUGAGAUGAGAGUCUUUGUGUUUCAGUAGCAAACAUUUCUGAGUCAGUUGUCUUUGGAAUAUGUGAGAGGCAGGAGACUUUGCUAGCACUUUCUAAGUAAAGAAUAUCAUAUAUAUUGUUAUAACAAUAUAAAUAGCGCUCAUUAUAUACAUAUGCCCUAGCAGCACUAGGCUAGUUUCACAAAGCACCUGAGAGUUUGCAACCACCUUUGACUCUGUUUGCCAGCUACUCAGUUGCAUGCAAAGGAGUGAGCUGGGCUCCUGUACAGGCCCUUUUCCCUUUCUACUGGUCCCAGGUGGGUGCCCAUGGCCUCACUGUGUGCCGGCUCCCAUGGUCUCCUGCAGAACCCUGAAUGGUGGUAUUGCCCUUCUUCAGCCUGUUGCUGUGCUCCAUGGGGCUGGGACCAUGCUGAUUGUAACAGAAGAGCCAGUUGGCCUGAAGGCGGGUUGGCAGCAUCUCCAUGUGCAUUAGGGUUGGUAUCUUUGUGAGGCCAGAGAAUAGCCCUGGUUGCAACGCUGUGGUGAACCGUGACCCCAAGCAUAGCCAGAAUCCCAUGAAAUAAUAGUGGUUUGUACACCAUGACUCUCCUCUCCCCUGGUCCCUGAUUUUACCUCCUCAAGCAGAUCUUGUCUUCGAAGUCACUGUGUACUCCCUGCAGGUCAGUCCCUUUCUGGCUGGGGGCUUGAAGCACUCCUGGUUUUCUACAAAGCUUGAGGCAGACUUGUCCACCAACUCAUGCAGCAGACCCUCUACCAUGCAGACUGGUGCUCUAGGUUAUAAGGAAGAACAUUAUCCCUUUUAUUUUUGGAGCUGCAAAUGUCUGGAAAACAGGUUUGAAGUAUGUAUUGAUGAUGCCCUCUGUGCUAAAAGGAGGAAGGGAGCUGCCACAACAAAUCCAGAGGUGAGUUCCUGUUAGGUACCAAGGUGAGAACUCGUCUUAGCUGUUAAACUAGAGUAGGCUGCAGGGGUGAGGUCUGACACGGGGUCGCUGCAAGGAUGCAGCGGCUGAUGUUCACUCAACGCUUGGCUAAAUGACUGCAGGGCUGCAAGGCAGAGGCUCUUGAACUGUCGCCUGCAGAGGGUGUGAGGAGCUCUGCAGAACCGCGACGCUUUAGGCAAGGAGUCCUGUGUGUGUGAAAACCAAUGUCAGCAACACUGCUGUGCUCUGGGACCUGGGCUGCUGCUUCUCUGGACAGGAAUUGGAGCUGGAAACACAGAUGAUUUUUGUAUAUUGCCUUUUAACAUGAUAGCAUGUGACUCUACACUCAGAAACAUUGUAUCUGGUGCACCCACACCAUUUUCUUUUGCCUCUGGCACAGUCUGACAAAGUCUUUUGGCCUGGAAACACGACUUCACUCCUUGGUACUGCCUGCCUGGAAAUGUGACUGGCUCCCAAGGCUAAAUCUCUCUACAAAAGCAGCUGGAGAAUGUUUACACACUACAAACAGAAUGUACAACUGCGACCAAGGAACCAUAAUCCGGUUCAAUUGCAUGGCAAAUUUCUUGGCCAUAAAAUCUGGCAUGUAUCACAGAGGCCCUGUCUGUGUACAGAUCCACCUGCCAUUUGUCAUAAGUUCAGAUCACAUUUUAAAAAAUAAAAUAAAUGAUGCAGCCAUUUCUUCUUCAUAUCAGACACAGUUGUCAUUAGUUUUGUUUUUAAAAGGGGAUUCUUGAUCAUGCCAUUAAAAACCUGUCUACCUUUUCA